AUGCCUCUCCUCAACGGCAAACCCAACCCUACCUUCAUUGGUGCCAUUGAUCAGGGUACUACAAGUUCGCGCUUCCUGAUUUUCGACACCAGUGGCGAGGUUGUUGCUACUCACCAGCUUGAGUUUAAGCAGUACUAUCCUCAUCCUGGAUGGCAUGAGCAUGACCCUGAGGAGCUUGUGAGCUCGGUUGAGCAGUGCAUUGACGGUGCUGUGGAGGCUUUUGAGAGCCAAGGUCACUCUCGCGAGCAGAUCAAGGCUGUUGGCAUCACAAACCAGCGAGAGACCACUGUCGUCUGGGACAAGACAACAGGAAACGCUCUGCACAACGCAAUUGUCUGGACAGACACAAGAUCGAAAGAUCUUGUGCGUCGUCUCAAGCGUCGCCUUGGCGCUAGCGAGCUGAUCGCGCGGUGCGGCAUCCCGCUCUCCACAUAUCCAUCUGUCAGCAAAUUGCUCUGGCUGCUGGAGAACAUCCCCGAGGUCAAGGAUGCGUAUGAGCGUGGAGUUCUCGCCUUUGGAACGGUGGACACUUGGCUGACGUACAAGCUCAACGGCGCAACUGAGCGCGAUGUCUACGUGUCUGACCCUUCCAAUGCGUCGCGAACCAUGUUUAUGAAUCUUGAGACGCUCAAGUAUGACGAGGACAUCCUCGACUGGUUCCGUGUCGAUGACACAAAGGUUACGCUGCCAAGAAUCGUGCGGUCUUCUGAUAACAAGGCCUAUGGAUCGCUUGCAUCGACAUCUCUGAAAGGCGUCAAGAUCACCGGCUGUCUGGGCGACCAGUCCGCAGCACUUGUCGGACAAAAGGCAUUCACCCCCGGUCUCGCCAAGAACACAUACGGCACCGGCUGCUUCCUGCUCUACAACGUGGGCAAGAAGCCCGUCAUUUCGUCCCACGGACUGCUCACCACUGUCGCCUUCGACUUUGGCGAGGACAACACCAUGUACGCGCUGGAGGGCAGCAUUGCCGUUGCCGGCUCCAGCGUCAAGUUCCUCGUGGACAACUUUGGCUUCAUGGAUUCGUCGUCCAAGCUCAGCGCGCUUGCCGAGACGGUGGAGGACAACGGUGGGUGCACCUUCGUGACGGCCUUCAGCGGCCUGUUUGCGCCGUACUGGAUUGACGAUGCGCGAGGCACAAUCUUUGGUAUCACUGCGUACACGCAGCGCGGUCACGUGGCGAGAGCCACUCUCGAGGCGACAUGUUUCCAGACCAAGGCCAUUCUCGACUCCAUGGAGAAGGACAGCGGACAUGCGCUGACAGAGCUGGCUGUCGACGGUGGCAUGUGCAACUCGGAUCUCAUCAUGCAGACCCAGUCUGACCUUGUUGGAAUCCCGGUAAACCGACCAGGCAUGCGCGAAACGACAGCCCUAGGCGCAGCAAUCGCAGCCGGGUUCGCCAUUGGAGUCUGGAAGAGCUUCGACGAGCUCAAGGACGUGAACACGCAGGGCCGCACCAUCUUCAAGCCGCAGAUUGCCGAGGAGGAAGCCACCAAGCGGUUCAGUCGCUGGACCAAAGCCGUUGAGAUGUCCAAGGGCUGGACCAACGAGUAG